GGUGCAGAUUGCCCUGGAUCUCUCCAGCCUGGGGUCCCAAGCCGACUCCCCACUCUGCAGAGCUGCCGUCCCAUCCCGUUUCCUGAUGGCUCCUGGGAGGGCCCAUCCCGCUCUGGUCUCCGCCUGGCUAUUGUUUCUCUGCUCGGUCGUCUCAGCUGGGGUUCACCAUUUCACCCACUCCCAGAUCAUUUCGCUGCAGGCGGGUCCCGGAUUGCCCAAGCGCCAGAGCCUGCUGCAGGUGAACGGCCUGGCGCUCUCGGCCUACGACAGCAGCAGCCAGAGGAUGACGCCGCGCAAUGGCUACGUGCAGGGCGACCAGGAGACCCACCAGUUCUGGAGUGUCAGCAGCGCCCGGUGCAUGUUCUGGGACCCCUGGGUGGAGACCGAGUACCAGGCCCUGGUGAGGGUGGUGAACGCCAGCUCCCCAAAGGCUGAGCCCUACUACAGGCAGGUCCUGCAGAGCUGUGAACUGGACGAAGCCAGCGCCGCCGUCCGAGCCGUUACCAGAUACGCCCUGAACGGGGAGGACGAGCUGCAGUACCAGGGGGACCGGAACCGCUGGUUCUCGGUGCACCCGGCGGCCUGGCGCGUGGCCGAGCGCUGGAACCGCGAGAGGGAGACGCUGGCCGAUCACACGCCGCAGCAGUGCAGGACCUUCAUCCGGAUCACGGCGCCAUUCACCGCGCAGACAACAGCCCAGCCCACGGUGCAUGUGUCGCUCAUGCAAGGGACCUGGGGCCGGCCUCGCAGCCUCAUGUGCCAUGUGACGGGGUUCUAGCCCUGUGACAUCGAGGUGACCUGGGAGCGGGGAGUCCGGGGGGCCCUCGGGGAACAGAUGACCAGCGGGAUCCAGCCCAACGGGGACCCCACCUUUCAGAUCCGGGUGUCCAUCGAGCUGGGGCUAGGGGAGCACAUGUGCAUGGUGAGGCACAUCAGCCUGGGGGGCACCCCCCUGAGGAUCAGCUGGGAUCCCCAGGCCACAGGCCAGGCCGGGUCCCUGGGCGUCCUCGCCGGCUGCGUGCUGGCUGCGCUGGGAGCCGCCGCCCUGGGCAGGUAUCUGAGGGGGAGGCCAGGCCGCUCGGAGGGGCCGUACCGCCCAGCGCAGACACAGCCAGGAACCCUCGACUCUGCCCUGGCCAAGCCAGGAGACACCUUGGCCACGGCCAUGGCUCCAUCCUGCCCAGGCAUCACCGCGUGACCGUCGCUGUCCUGGGCUGGCACCACACAGCCCAGCCUGGGUGAAGAGGAGGCCCUGGGGGGAUCGUGGAUUUGGCCAAAACUCCCUGAGGUUACGGGGGGAGGGGGUGUACCCCUGCCGAGCCUCCAUCCUGUACUCUCCACAACACCUCCAGUCACCCCUGUGUCCCAUAGCACCCGCCUCCACAAUUGCCAGGCCCCGGCCCCACCUGGGCGACACCACAGUCACACGCAGGGGGGAACUGGUAGCGCUUUCGAGCCACCAACUGUCAGUACACGUGUAACCUUCACGGAGUUUUUCACUGGAGCCAUUUCGUUGCCUUUGUUUGCCCAGGUGCUGUGCGAGGCCGGCUCUGCACCACUGGCAUCGGCAGGAGCGGGUGGACUCGGAGCAGGGGCACUGGGUCUCAGGACGCCUGGGUUCUCUUUCUGGCUUUGUGGCUGGCUGCCCUGGGGUGGGUGGGCAGAACAUCUUG